AUGAAACGAAGCUACGAUGCUAUGAAUUCUUCUAUUGAAAUAAGCUCCUAUAGGGAUCAACAUUUUAAGGGCUCGCGAAAUGAACAGGAAAAGUUAUUACGUACAUCAUCAACAUUAUACAUAGGGAACUUAUCAUUUUAUACAACAGAAGAACAAAUUUACGAAUUAUUCAUGCGCUGCGGUGAAAUACGAAGAGUGAUUAUGGGUUUGGAUAAGUACAAGAAAACUCCUUGUGGAUUCUGUUUUGUUGAAUAUUAUGCUAGAGCAGAUGCAGAAAACUGUAUGAGGUAUAUUAAUGGUACAAGAUUAGAUGAUAGAAUUAUAAGGUGUGACUGGGAUGCAGGUUUUAUUGAAGGACGACAAUAUGGACGCGGCAAAACUGGUGGACAGGUCCGAGACGAGUACCGUACAGACUACGAUGGCGGUAGAGGUGGUUAUGGUAAAAUUAUAGCUCAGAAAGUAACUCCAAAUACUUUAGAUCGCUGA